UGUCCUGCCUAAUAGUUUGACUUAUUGACUUGACAAGCAGCUCCGAGUUCUCCACACCAGUGACAAAUUCUCAGUCCAUAAACUUUAUAUCAGGAUAAAAAUCAAUGUCGACUGCUACUGAAGCUCCAUGUUCAUCAGAAGAUAGAAGAAUCCAUGUGUUUUGGCACGAGGGUAUGCUCCAACAUGACACAGGGAAAGGUGUGUUUGACUCUGGGAUUGACCCUGGUUUUCUUGAUGUUCUUGAUAAGCACCCUGAAAAUUCCGACAGAAUCAAGAACAUGCUUUCUAUCUUAAAAAGGGGUCCCAUUUCUCCUUUUCUUUCUUGGCAUUCUGGGAGGCCUGCACUCAUUAAUGAAUUGUAUUCUUUUCAUACUCGAGAAUAUAUUAAUGAACUAAUCGAAGCAGAUAGAUGUGGUGGGAGAGAGUUCUGUUCUGGUACAUUUCUGAAUCCCGGAUCUUGGCAUGCUUCUCUUCUAGCUGCUGGUACUGCACUGGCAGCAAUGAAGCAUAUCCUUGACGGCUCUGGAAAAAUUGCUUAUACAUUGGUUAGGCCACCUGGUCAUCAUGCUCAGCCCACUCAAGCUGAUGGAUACUGCUUCCUUAAUAACGCUGGUCUUGCUGUACAGUUCGCUUUAGAUACUGGUUGUAGGAAAGUGGUCGUUGUUGAUAUUGAUGUUCAUUAUGGAAAUGGAACUGCAGAGGGGUUUUAUCGUUCUAAUAAGGUUCUUACUGUUUCUCUUCAUAUGAAUCAUGGUUCAUGGGGAUCAUCACAUCCACAGAGUGGAUCAGUGGAAGAAGUUGGUGAAGAGGAAGGGUUUGGUUAUAAUUUGAAUAUACCUCUGCCGAAUGGAACAGGUGAUAAAGGCUAUAAAUAUGCUAUGACAAAGAUUGUUGCCCCUGCUGUUCAGAAGUUUGAGCCUGAUAUGGUAGUUUUGGUUGUUGGUCAAGAUUCAAGUGCUUUUGAUCCAAACGGCAGGCAAUGUUUGACAAUGGAGGGUUACCGAGAAAUAGGCAAGAUAACCCGUAGCCUGGCUGACAAGCACAGCGACGGGCGUCUGCUAAUAGUCCAAGAAGGUGGAUACCAUGUCACAUAUUCAGCUUACUGUCUGCAUGCAACCCUUGAAGGUGUGCUUAAUCUUCCACAUCCCCUACUAACUGAUCCUAUUGCUUAUUACCCUGAACAAGAGUCCUAUUCAAUUCAAGUAAUCGAUUCUAUCGAGCAGUACCAGAAAGAUGUCCCUAUCCUAAAAGGGAUAUAAUCAGAUGUUACUUUCUUAGUUUCUUGUAUUUCAUCUGUUGCAUUAAAUCAUAUGCUUAUGGUAUUCGUAUUACAGAUGGUAUUCUAGCUAAUUUAGUGACUUGAAUCAUAUAGCUUGUCAGAGUAAUGUUUGCCAACAAAAGUUUCCCAAAGUAGCGGUAAUGUUCAUCAUUUCUAAUGUUCCCAUGACUUUUUGGUCAAAUGUUGCUGGGAAAGCAAAAGUUCUACUGUCAUAUUUAUAUAAUACAUUCUAUUAAAGUCCCAUUUCACA